CUCUCUCUCUUUUUCUCUCUCACCCCCUUCACUCUCUCUUCAUUUUUUUUACUCUACACUGGUCUUUCUCUUCAUUCCUAAAAUUGCUUUAUACACAAAUCUAGAUUUUAAUCACUUUACUUGAAGAAAUCUCAUUUUAGCACCACGCCUAAACAGAAUACUCGGGAGAACAGAACGGGCGGGGCGAUGGGAAAUUUGUUCAGUUUAUUUACGGAUUCGCAUUUGGUGCAUUUUGAUAAACGUCGUAAAACGUAAACUUAAUUCAUUUAUCUUUUAUGAUUACUAGAUUUAAUAGCAAUCAGUUGUCUAUUGAUCAAAUGUGUUUAAAUACUUCUCAAAAAGCUUUCUAUUUCCUGUAGUUGGCAAGAUACCGAAAUUUAUAGCAAUGUUUUGAAGAAACGACUUUCAAUACCUAUUUUCAUUCCCUGUCGACAACAAGUUGUUCUUCUGCUGUUCGACAUGGCUUCCGGAUCGGACUCCGUUACAGACAGUCAAAAAACGAAUAGUUUAUCAAACCGCUCCGACUCGCAGCCUGAUGCUGAAGUGACAGACACAGAAAUGAAAGGAUACUUGAUGAAAAGAGCUAGACUGUCUCGUAAAUGGAAACGCCAAUGGUUUUUGCUUAAAAAUUGUGACCUCUAUUACAGCGAAUCUCCAGAGGGCAACUUGAAAAAAAUCACAUUGACAGAUGCUGAUAUCUCUGAAACACGAGUAGACAAGAAACAGUACGCCUUCAGAAUUAGGAGCAAGCAAAAUGGAAGGACCUACUACAUUCAUGCUGAAAAUGAACUAACACAGAAUAGUUGGAUGCAAGCAAUUUGCUUUGCCAAGGCAGCUGGCAGUCAUGGAAGCGCUUCUCAGGCGUGUGUUGUGCAGUGAUGUGAUAGCUAUAUAACACAGUGACUUGGUGGACAUUUCCCCUUCUCCAACUUAUGUUCAACUUGAGGUUUUAUUUGGGCCACUACUUCUGUGAUAUUUUCAUGCUGGGUGACCAACAUGGGCUGUUAUUUUAUUUUUAUUGUUCAAUUCAACCAAUUCCGCUUUAAUUUUGAUGUUCAGUUUGUCAGCUUUGCAGGCUUUGUUUGUGCAUGUAACUUGUGUGUGGAUGUGAAAUUGGAAGUCAAUGAAUGUAUCAAUGAAAAGUCCAAGUUCUCUUCAAAACCAUCUGUUGGGAGAGUUUUGAGUGUAGUUGCAUUCAGUUGUCUUCCAUUCCUUAUUUGGUAGAACUUGGUUGUGAUAAGUUAUGAUUUGCUGUCCCUGCAUACUUUUUCACACUUUUAUUUUUGCCUCUUGGACAUUUACAUAUAUUUUAUUGGCUUUAGAAUUUUUUUGUUUCUUACAAAAUGGUGAAUGGGUGAUAUUUCAACAGCUUCUGAGUCUACUAAUUUGGUUUUAAUUUUGAAUUUGAUAAGCCUUUUUAUAAGCUAAAGCAAGAGACUUGUGAAUUUUUUAAAAUGUGUGAAAGGAUGUGUCAAUGUUUAUUCCUAGUUGAAAAGGCAUGGGACUUUUUUGCUCAUCCUCCUGGAUUUUGUUAAAGGAAAUAAUUUUUUUCACUGUAUAUCAACUCACACACAGAGUGCUUUUAAGUGAAAUUCAAAUAAGAAAUUUAAGGUAAUUUAAAGCAAGGAAGUAGUGCGAAAGAUUUUUCUCUGUUAGUGCUUUUAGCCAACAAUUACUUGAAAAAAAUUGGCUACUGACAAAGUAAAGGCUUACAAGUUAUUGAACAGGGAAAGAAAAUGACAUUUCACUCAGUGAACCUUGGAGAGAUUGAUUAUUAAAGCCAGAAAUAUGUGGAAUGGAUGAGUUAGAAAAAAUUCAGGAAAGAUUACAAAUACAUAAAGAGCUUCCAAGAAGUCUUACUAUAACUUUGUGUGCAUGUUACCAAUGAAUAUAUUUAAUUUAAUUGUACCUUUAUUUCAUUAAACAUUUCAUUAGCCUUUCCAAUUUGCCAUAUAUGUGUAUCAUGUGUAUUUAUUUAGAGAUAUAUUAAAUGCAUAUAUAAAAGUUAAGUGUCAUUGUUUAGCAGAGACAGAGUAUGUGGAAUAUUUAUAGCACUCAAUGUAGGCAGUUCAGUGAACUAUGUGGCUGAGCAGAGCAUGAAAUAUGAUGCCAUCCCUUCUGCAGGGUUAUGUGACCUUGAAAUUGUGUCGGCAAUUGGGUGGUUGUCAACAGCGGGUAAUUUUGUUUCUAGGUCAAGGUUUUUGGGGCACUUCCAAAACAUGAUUUUAAUUUAAACAGAAAAA